AGUCGGCGCCCGCCGAGGCCCAGCGCAUCAAGGUCAUCAUCAACCGCCUCUUCGACGUCCUUGCGAGUGGGCCCGACACGGUCGAGUUCCGCCGCCUCGCCUGCGGCCUCUCGGUCUUCUCCAAGGACCCGCAAGAGGUCAAGGUCCACGCCGCCUUCCAGCUCUACGACACGAACGGCGACGGUGUGCUCUCGUUGGAGGAGAUGAUCGACUACUUUACGUGCGUCUUUGCUGUUGUCUUUGCCCUGGACCCGAUGCGCCAAGCGGCCAUGGGUGGCAUUCCGUCGGUCGACCUCGCGCAGAUCACGGCCAAGCAGGCGUUCGCCGACGCCGACAAGGACGGCAACGGCGAGAUCUCGUUUGACGAGUUCAAGGAGUGGUUCAGCGCGUCGCCCACUGCGUAA